UUCGCUUCGACACACUUCCAAAUUUCUCUGAUCAAAUUUUGUACAAAAAAAAAUAAUUAAAUAAAUAUUUUUAUUCAGAUCCAACCUUGGUUAAUUUUUAUAGAAUCAAACCAUGUGCUCUCCGUGCGGUCCUUGCAGUCCCUGCGAUCCCUGCUGCGGUCCCUUCGAGUGCUCGCCCAAGUGCUACAAUGCCGCCCAGUUGGAGGCACUGCCGCAAUGUGCUCCCCGCAUCCCGCCUCCCUUUCCCAAAUGCAUCACCGUCCAGCAGCCACCGCGCAUGAUCUGCAAGAAGCGGGUGGUCUUCACGGAGAAGAUUGUGCCGGAGCCGAUGGUGGUCAACAGAUGCAGGCAGAUCACCAUUCCGAAAGUGGUGGAUGCCACGAGGGUCAUCAAGGUGCCAAAGCUGAUCUGGGUGUCGCAGAUGGUGCGAGAGCCUAGGGUCAUCUACUACCCAUCGAUGAUCCCCGAUCCUUACGUGGUGUGCUAUCCCAAGCGGGUGUGCGAGCCCAGGGAGGUGUGCCAGUCGAUCCUGUGUCAGCCCAAGCCCCAAACCAUCGACAUCCCACCCCCGAGGGAGUACUGCUGCUACCCCAAUGGACCCAUCAACUACAAGCCGAGUGCCGCCUGUCCACCCUGCCCCAUUGGACCAUGUGCCCCCGGAGGACCCUGCUGCCCACUGCCCUGCUUCUCCACCUGCCAAUACCCCGUCGCCGAGGGCAGGUGCGGACCUUGUGGACCGUGUGGACCAGGAUGCGGACCUUGUGGACCGUGUGGACCAGGAUGCGGCCCCUGCGGACCGGGUUGCGGACCAUGCGGACCCUGCGGACCCUACGGCUGCGGUCCAUGCGGACCAGGAUCUUGCGGCUUCGGUCCUUGUGGACCUUGCUAAGGCGGGCAGCAAAAAUGUACAUAACGUAUGCCAAAACCAUCCUGUGACGCCCCUACGUUUUGGAAGUCUGCAACCAAAUAUAUGCCAGUCCAAAAUAGAAUCUGCAAGUUUCGUAUAAUAAAGAAGUGCGUUUGAUACAAUA